UUAACUCUUCCCUACCAUUCGUUCGAUGAAGUUCGGGCUGAAGUGGAGCCUCUCAUUCGCAGUAUAAUGGACUUCCCCAAGAAAGGUAUCAAUUUCAGGGAUAUUAUGCCACUUUUUGCUCAUCCAAAAAUAGUAGAUGACCUCUGUAAAGCAAUCGCUCAACAUAUACGAACCAGUGUCGGUGAAAUCAACGCUAUCGCUGCUCUCGAGGCACGAGGCUUUCUUUUUGGACCGAUGGUCGCUAUACUUCUGGGAGUACCAUUUGUCCCCAUUCGGAAGAAAGGCAAAUUGCCGGGACAAUGCCUUCAGGCCUCAUAUAUGAAGGAGUAUGGUGAGGUAUGA